AACCCCGCAACGAAUAUUACAAUGGGAUCCAAGAAGGUCAAACCGCUUUCUUCGAAAGCGUCCCUUCCUUUCAAGGUUGGGAACAAACUUAAACGCCAAGACCUCGGUGUCAAACAGAAGAAAGCUCGCGAUGCGCUCCGCCGAGAUGAGCGAUUCAAGAGGAAACGAGAGGAGGACAGAGAUCCUGAGCUCAGAAGAGAACGAUUAGCACGGAACGUGCCGAUGACCAUCGAUAAGAAGCGUGUCUGGGAUGAUGUGGAAGGUGAUGGACUGGGUGUCAGUGUGGACGUAGAACAAUUGAAGAGGCGGCGGGUAGAAGAAGCAGAAGCUGCAGAGCAAGAGCCUUUGGUAGAGGAUCAGGAAGAGGAAGACGAUGAUGCAGACAGCAUGUUAGACUCUGGAUCCGAUGAAGAGGAGGAGGAUGAAGAAAAGGCUUCUAAACAACGACCACGAGCAGCCUCAAAUGCGCCCUCCACUACCAGCACAAAUCUCGACCUUACUCCCUCUUCACUCGCACUCAAAUUUCCAACACUGUUCUCAGAUACACCACCUCCAGUUCCGAAAGUCCUUCUUACGACCUCACUAAACUCAACUCUCCAUAACGAAGCCCAUCUCCUCUGCACGCUCUUCCCAAACAGCACUUACGUCCCCCGCUCUUCCCACCGAUACGGGCACAAAUUCUCUCUGCGAGAAAUUAGCAAAUUCGCUGCGAAUCGCAACUAUACAUCUGUAGUCCUUCUAAAAGAGGACUCCAAGAAGCCAACUGGGUUGACCAUCGUCCAUCUCCCAGACGGUCCAUCCUGUCACUUCUCAAUUGCCAAUUGGGUCGAAGGCAAAAAGUUACCCGGACAUGGAAAUCCCACAAACCACUACCCAGAAUUGAUACUCAACAACUUUCGCACUCCGUUAGGUCUGUUAACAGCAAGAUUAUUCUUGACUCUAUUUCCACCACAGCCAGAAUUACAGGGUAGACAAGUCGUCACGUUACACAAUCAAAGAGAUUAUAUUUUCGUACGACGACAUCGAUAUGUGUUUCGCGAGAAAAGGGAGACGGAAAAGAGUGUCAUCGGACCUGACGGGAAGGCAGUUCAGGGUGUUGAGGGUAUCAGAGCUGGAUUACAGGAAUUGGGACCUAGGUUUACCCUCAAGCUGAGGAGAGUGGACAAAGGCAUUGGCAGAGCGGGCAGUGAAGGCGAAGAUGCCGUUCAAUGGCAAUGGAAGGCGCAUAUGGAGAAACAGAGGACGAGAUUCAAUCUGUAGACAAUAUCAAAAUUCCGCAAGACCUUCUUGUCCCAUGUUCUUAUUUCCAUAGAUCACCUAUUAUACCCUCAAAAAUCAAGCGAGAAGAAAUUGAUUGG